CGGUAGCGGCAGCGACGGCCGCACCGAGGAGGGGAGCUCCGAGCCCCGGCGCCCAGCCGGCGGCGCCGCCUCCCUGACCCACAAUGUCCUGCUGAGCCAGCCCCCGCCACUGAGUGGAGCCAGACAGACAGUACUCAUGGAGGGGGCCCUGACAGGUGGUCUGGCCACACCAGAUCGUCCCCGAGGCCCCGAGAGACUGCCAGGCCCAGCGCCGCGGGAGGACAUCGAGGGUGGGGCCGAGGCCACCGAGGGGGAAGGUGGCAUCUUCCGGUCUGCCCGUUACCUACCUGUCACCAAGGAGGGCCCUCGAGACAUUCUGGAUGGCAGAGGUGGCAUUUCUGAUGGGCAGCCCCAUCCUGGCCUCAGCGAAGCCCUCCCCUGUGCUACCUCGGCCACCCAUCGGAUCAGCAGCUGCUGCUGGGAUGGAGGCAGCCUGGACUUCCGGCCGGGCUCUCCGCCACCCCAUCUCCUGGGCCACUUCCCUGAGCCCCCCGAUGGCCAGGGGCCCUGGGAACACCCCCUGGCUCAAGAAGCAGGGGAGGGCAACCCCUCUGAGCAGGGGUUCGAGGACUCGGUCAUCGUGAGAACCCUGAAACCCCAUGCUGAGCUCGAGGGCUCUAGAAGGUUCUUGCACCACCAGGGUGACCCAAAGCUUUUGGAGAAGGCCCACAGGGGCCGCCCCGGGUUUGAAUGGCUCAGAGAUACCGAUGAGCAAAGGGCCCCCAGGGACUCAGAGCUGCAUUUGGACCUGCGCCCCCAGCUCCUCCCACCCCUCCCCUCCUUCAGGAGGGUACUGGUGCCGGUGGAGGACACGCCUAAGAUGAUGGACGUGGCCAUGGUGGGCACCACAGAAGACCUGGAGGACCUCGAUGGGCUGUCCCAGCGGUCCGAAUGGGAACUGCCUGCCUCAGCCUCAGAGGUGGCCACACAGACCUGGACGGUGAACUCAGAGGCAUCCGUGGAGCGGCUACAGCCACUGCUGUCCCCUGUCCGGCCAGGGCCCUACCUGUGUGAGCUACUGGAGGAUGUGGUCGAGGGGGUGGCCAGCAUGGACGAGGGCGAGGACGAGGAUGAAGAGCCCACCGUGUUCCCGUGCAUCGAAUGCAGCAUAUACUUCAAAGAGAAGGAACACCUCCUAGACCACAUGACCCAACACCGCCAGGCCCCGGGCCAGGAGCCUGCCGCCCACGUGGCCCCGCUGGCCUGCGGGGAGUGCGGCUGGGGCUUUGCUGACCCCACGGCCCUGGAGCAGCACCGGCAGCUGCACCAGGCCUCGCGGGAGAAGAUCAUUGAAGAGAUCCAGAAGCUGAAGCAAGUUCCGGGCGAUGAGGGCCGCGAGGCGCGGCUGCAGUGCCCAAAGUGUGUGUUUGGCACCAAUUCUUCCAGGGCCUUCGUGCAGCACGCCAAGCUGCACGUGCGCGAGUCGCCGGGCCAGCCGGCCAAGGAGUCCCUCCCAGGUGGCAGCCGGCCCGCUAGCCCCAGCCUGGACGCCAGCACCCUUGUGUAUCACCCCUACGGAGCCACCCCCGCCUCGGGGCUGAGUGCCUGCGUCGUGUGUGGCUUCCCCGCGCCCAGUGAGAGCCUGCUCAGGGAGCACGUGAGGCUGGCGCACGCCCCUCCCCACUGGGAGGAGGGCAGGGAGGACACCUUUGAGGAGGAAGAGGAGGAGGAGGAGGAGCAGGAGGAACAGGACCCCACCAGCCAGCCAGGCACCAGCCAGGAUGCCUACGCCCGCUUCCCCGAGGUUGCUGUGGAUUACUUUGGCAAAGCUGAGCCAUUCCUAGCCCCCGUGUGGCGGGAGAACCCUGCUGAAUACGACCCUGGCCUGGACUUGCGCCCAGACUGCCCGCAGCUGGGCGUGAGGGAUUUCCCAACGUCAAAGCCACUGGCGCAUGGCUCCAGCCAGAGUCCUUUUGGAAGGCUGGCCUUUCCCUCGCCGCUGGCGUCCACCCCAUACUCCCUACAGCUCGGGAGAAGCAAAAGCCUCUGCCCUCAGAGGCUGGGGGACCAGAGGCGCCCGUGGAGCGAAGAGGAGGAAGAAGAGGAAGAGGAGGAAGAGGAGGAGGAGGCUGCAGCGCUGACCUCAGAAAUGGAUUGUUCCCCCCAAAAUGGGCUCUGUCCAGCCCCAGCCACCCCCAGCCUCCUCCCGCAGCCAGCCCUGGAGCUGAAGCGGACUUUCCAAGAUGCGCUGCGCACAGCCGAGGCGUCGCGUGCGCAGCAGCAACAGCUCCGAGGGAUGGUACCCAUCGUCCUGGUGGCAAGGCUGGGGCCGCAGGUGAUGGCGGCAGCGGCGGCCCGGGCGCCCCCCAGGCUGCCGCCGGAGGAGCUGGGCCUGGCGGGCGCCCACCCCUUGGACUUCCUGCUCUUGGACGCGCCACUGGGUGACCCCCUGGAGCUGGACACGCUCUUGGAGGGAGACCCGGCCGCGGCACUGAAGCCGGAAGAGCGGAAAUGCCCCUACUGCCCCGACCGUUUCCACAAUGGCAUCGGCUUGGCCAACCACGUGCGGGGCCACCUGAACCGCGUGGGCGUCAGCUACAACGUGCGGCAUUUCAUCUCCGCCGAGGAGGUGAAAGCCAUCGAGCGCAGGUUCUCCUUCCAGAAGAAAAAGAAAAAAGUGGCGAACUUCGAUCCAGGCACCUUCAGCCUGAUGCGCUGUGACUUCUGUGGGGCCGGCUUCGACACGCGUGCUGGCCUCUCCAGCCACGCCCGGGCGCACCUGCGCGACUUUGGCAUCACCAAUUGGGAGCUCACCGUCUCGCCCAUCAACAUCUUGCAGGAGCUGCUGGCCACCUCAGCCGCUGAGCUGCCCCCCAGCCCCCUGGGCCGGGAGCCUGGCGGGCCCCCAGGCAGCUUCCUGUCCUCUCGUAGACCCCGAUUCCCUCUCACGGUGCCCUUCCCGCCCACCUGGGCCGAGGACCCUGGGCCGGCCUACGGAGAUGGCCUGGGUUCUGAGGAAAACGCCAUGGUGGCCGUGGACUUGGGGUCCCCCCCACUCCCUAAGAAGAGCCUGCCUGUCACUGGGGCCUUGGAACAGGUGGCCAGUCGGCUGAGCAGCAAAGUGGCUGCAGAGGCUUCUCACGGCAGCAAGCAGGAGCUGCCAGACCUCAAGGCUCAGAGCCUGACCACUUGCGAGGUCUGCGGCGCCUGCUUCGAGACCCGCAAGGGCCUGUCCAGCCACGCGCGCUCGCACCUGCGGCAGCUGGGGGUGGCGGAGUCUGAGAGCAGCGGUGCCCCCAUCGACCUCCUCUACGAGCUUGUGAAGCAGAAGGGUCUGCCUGACGCCCCCCUUGGGCUGCCCCCAAGCCUGGCUAAGAAGUCCAGCUCACCAAAGGAGGUGGUCUCCGGGGGCCCCCGGCCCGGCCUGCUCACCCUGGCCAAGCCUCUGGAUGCCCCUGCCAUCCACAAAGCCGUCAAGUCACCUCCUGGCUUCUCAGCCAAGGGCCUGGCUCAUCCACCCGGCUCUCCGCUCCUCAAGAAGGCGCCGCUGGCCCUGGUGGGCUCCCCUACCCCCAAGAAUCCUGAGGACAAGAGCCCCCAGCUGUCCCUGAGCCCCCGGCCGGCCUCCCCAAAGGCGCAGUGGCCCCAGUCCGAUGACGAAGGGCCCCUGAACCUCACUUUAGAUAGUGACGGGGGCAGAGAGCUGGACUGCCAGCUGUGCGGUGCCUGGUUUGAGACCCGCAAGGGCCUGUCCAGCCACGCCCGUGCCCACCUGCGCCACCUGGGCGUCAGCGAUCCGGACGCCAAGGGAUCCCCCAUAGACGUGCUCCACGGGCUCAUCAGGAGGGACGGCGUCCGGCUCCGCCUCCCACUCGGGCACGGUGCCCCAGGCCAGCUGGGGCAGCCGCCUCCCACCUCUUCGGCCCUCUCCUUGCUCCCCUCCCUACCGCCGGCCAAGAAGGCCAAGCUGAAGGCCGUGGGUAUGGCCAGCCCCUGGGGGAAGCAGGACCUCUCGGCCGCCACAGCCGCCGGCAUUUUCUGGGCCUCUGAUGUGGAGCCGUCUCUUCUCAACCUCUCCUCCGGCCCUGAGCCAGCGCGGGACAUCCGCUGCGAGUUCUGCGGUGAGUUCUUUGAGAACCGCAAGGGCCUGUCCAGCCACGCGCGCUCCCACCUGCGGCAGAUGGGCGUGACCGAGUGGUACGUCAAUGGCUCGCCCAUCGACACGCUGCGGGAGAUCCUGAAGAGACGGACCCAGUCCCGGCCUGGCGGACCCCCCAACCCGCCGGGGCCCAGCCCGAAAGCCUUGGCCAAGGUGGUGGGCAGCGGAGGUCCUGGCAGUUCUCUGGAAGCCCGCAGCCCCUCGGACCUUCACCUCUCGCCCCUGGCCAAGAAGUUGCCACCGCCACCAGGCAGCCCUCUGGGCCACUCACCAACUGCCUCUCCUCCUCCCACGGCCCGGAAGAUGUUCCCAGGCCUGGCCACACCCUCCCUGCCCAAGAAGCUGAAGCCUGAACAAAUGCGGGUGGAGAUCAAGCGGGAGAUGCUGCCAGGGACCCUUCAUGGGGAGCCGCACCCCUCUGAGAGUCCCUGGGGGGCACCGCGGGAAGACCUGACACCCCUGAACCUGUCGUCCCGGGCCGAGCCGGCGCGCGACAUCCGCUGCGAGUUCUGCGGUGAGUUCUUCGAGAACCGUAAGGGCCUGUCGAGCCACGCGCGCUCCCACCUGCGGCAGAUGGGCGUGACCGAGUGGUCUGUGAACGGCUCGCCCAUCGACACGCUGCGGGAGAUCCUGAAGAAGAAGUCCAAGCCGUGCCUCAUCAAGAAGGAGCCGCCAGCCGGAGACCUGGCCCCUGCCUUGGUCGAGGAUGGGGCCCCCACGGCAGCCCCGGGCAGCCUGCAGUCCCCAUUGCCGCUGUCGCCCCUGGCUGGCCGGCCAGGCAAACCAGGAGCUGGGCCAGCUCAGAUUCCCCGUGAGCUCAGCCUGACACCCAUCACUGGGGCCAAGCCCUCAGCUACCAGCUACCUGGGCUCAGUGGCAGCCAAGCGGCCGCUGCAGGAGGACCGCCUCCUCCCCGCAGAGGUCAAGGCCAAGACCUACAUCCAGACUGAACUGCCCUUCAAGGCAAAGACCCUCCACGAGAAGGCCUCCCACUCCUCCACCGAGGCCUGCUGCGAGCUGUGUGGCCUUUACUUUGAAAACCGCAAAGCCCUGGCCAGCCAUGCGCGGGCGCACCUGCGGCAGUUCGGGGUGACGGAAUGGUGCGUGAACGGCUCGCCCAUUGAGACGCUGAGCGAGUGGAUCAAGCACCGGCCGCAGAAGGUGGGCGCCUACCGCAGCUACAUCCAGGGCGGCCGUCCCUUCACCAAGAAGUUCCGCAGUGCCGGCCACGGCCGCGACAGCGACCAGCGGCCGCCCCUGGGGCUGGCCCCCGGGGGCCUGGCCGUGGUCAGCCGCGGCGUCGGCGGGGAGCCGGGGCCCGAGGCCAGCCGGGCGGCCGACAGUGGCGAGCGGCCUCUGGCAGCCGGCCCGCCGGGCACCGUGAAAGCCGAGGAACGCCAGCGGCAGAACAUCAGUAAGUUUGAGCGCCGACAAGCCCGGCCUCCAGAUGCCUCGGCCGCCCGAGGGGGCGAGGAGGCCCAUGACCGGCCACCGAAGUUAGAGGAGGCGCGGCAGCCCCCGCCCCGCGUGCGGCCGGUCCCCUCCCUGGUGCCUCGGCCCCCCCAGACAUCACUCGUCAAGUUCGUCGGCAACAUCUACACCCUCAAGUGCAGGUUCUGUGAAGUGGAAUUCCAGGGCCCUCUCUCCAUCCAGGAAGAGUGGGUGCGGCACUUACAGCGGCACAUCCUGGAGAUGAAUUUCUCCAAAGCGGACCCCCCGUCUGAGGAGCCUCAGGCUCUGCAGGCACAGACAGCGGCGGCACAGGCGCCCUAACACAGAAGCAUUCCAGAGCCCGUCUUGUGCCACCUCUGUCUGCUCUCCCUCCUCCGUGUCCUCUUCCCUAUCCUUCCUCUUUCUUUUCCGUUUCCAAAGGAGCAAGCCAAAACCUCAAACCGGUGCCCCUCGGGGGCCGGGCACACUACAGCCAGGGCACCGGGAGCCAGCCAGCCAGCCAGCCAGCCGCCCUUCCCCCAAGCCUGAGGACUCUGGGGCCACAGGGUGUUGUCCUCCAGCCCACGCCCACCUGGCCCAGCAGGGGCAGCAGCCAGGUCUGGCAGGCAGGCAGGGCUGUGCCUGCCACCCGUGGCCCUUUGCAAAGACCCCAAAGACCCCUGUUUCUGGUUCCCUCUUGGCCCCCCUGAAUAUCCUCUCACCCACACGCACAUGGCAAACCCACACGCACACGCACCUCGUGAGACCUGGGACCUGCCCCAGCCCCCCAGUUCCCGAGUUGAACGACCACAUCAUGCCACGGUGCUUGCUCAGGGGAAGCCACGCUCCCUCUGUGGCCCACCGGGGCCUGGGAGCCCCCGCUGAGCCCACGAUGCCACGGAAAUCCUUGUUGGCUGCCCCCUGAGAGGGGCCCUCCCAGCUGGGGAGAGCUCAGAGCUGACAGCUGCCUCCUGCCCUUGAGGACUCCGGGGCGCCCAGGAGGGUGGGGUGGGGGGUGGGAACUUCCUCCCCUCCUCCUGCCCCCCCUUUCCCCCUUUUCACUGUUGCUUUCUAUGUAUAGCUCCCUAGACCUCUCACUUUUUUAAAAACGCGUUUUGUGUAGAGAAUAAGGAACGUGGAUCUUUUUAUUUUGCAAUCCCGGGCCAACUAGAAACUGGGAGCUGAUUGACCUUUUAACUUUUUCCAGUGGCCACAUUUUGGUUAUCGAUGUACCUAGAAGUAUGUAAAUUAGAUUAAAUUUCUCUUCUGGAAACGCCCUGGGGGCAGGCGGCCAGCGUGUGUUUUUCUGUCGAGUGGACAGCUGGCACUGGCUGGCGGUCGGGGCUGGGGACGGAGGCUGCCUCUUCCACCCGGAGAGCCUUGGGUUUCCCCCGUUGGCCGCCAAAGCUGACCAAACACAGCUGGGGAGGUGCCCUGGCUGGUGGGCAGCUCUGGCUAGGUGGCCAAAGUCUGGCUGCCAGGCUGGGACAGGAGCCAGGAGGGAGAGUCUGGAGAGGCUAGAGGGGCUUCCCUGGCAGGGUGUGAGGGACCCGCGGCAACAGUGGGAGGGAGAAGGGCGCAGCUGCUGGGAGUGUGGGAGCCCAGUGGGGGAGGGGAGCUGGCACUCCCAGGACAUAUGACUGCCAUGGAGACACGUGCACCCUGACCCCGAGUGACAUGAAGGGGUUGGGGGGCAGGGAAGGAGGAGCCAUCGAGUCCUCUGCUGUGGUGUUUAUUUGCUCGCUCUGCAAAGGUU